UCUUUUCUAUGAGAGAGGAAAAAUCAACAUUUAAUAGCCUUUAUAUGUAAAGAUGAUACUACUCUCAUAUAAAUGAGAAAUAAGGCUCAGUAAAAGACAGAGCUGGGAUGUAUUUUAAGCAAUGAGAAAGAAUUUUCUUGCUUAGAUUACUGCAACUCUUACAUGUAUCUUAAAUCUCAGUCUGUUUGAGCUCUCAGUUUCUCCCAUCAUUCGUAUCUGGUUGAAGAGUUUAUUCUGCCUGUAUAAACUAUUUGGUGCACAUGCAAGGUAAAGUUGUCUUUAUUUAAAAGGAACUUUCCCAUGGUUGGUUUUUUUUUUUUUGUAACUUAAAUGACCUUGGUUCUAGCUCAUCUUAGAUUGUGUAAAUUUUUAAUUACUCCCUGAAAUUAAUCAGAUGUACUAAGCAAAUACUUAGAAUUUGGUGGUUUUACUGGCUGAUUACAUAGCUGUAAAACUCCAUUGUUAUUUCAAAAUAUAUAAAAUGUUUUGGACUUAUCUAGAAGUCUUCUAUGAACAUAAUCAGAAUGACACUGUAAGAUAGGACUCUUCUGUAUUCAAGUGUUAUGUCAGGCACUGUAAAAUCAAUGAGUGACUCAAAAUCAGUUACUGAAAGAAGAUCUUAAAGGAAUACUUCUGUUGAACACUAAGCAGCAAUGUUCAUUUGAAUAAGUGCAUGUAAGAAUGUCCCAGUAUGCCAUUAAGGUCAUUUUGUUUACAAGUUAACCUUUAUAAACUACUUUCAUGAUGCUUCGAAAAAAUUCUGCUAAGAGGCUAGGACUGAAGGCUAAAGGGUUUUGUUUUAGAACUUGAAAGGAAGGAAGAUGGAAACACUGAAGCAGAUGGUGAUUGUAUGUUGGUUUUUUACAGCAAACUGAGCUAUAACUACACUAACUUCCAGGUAAUGUCGAACUAAACUGUUUCUGUGCACUAGCUAGUGCCACAAAAAACAUACAGCUGGAAGGUAGCAGGCUGUAAUAAGUGCUUCAUUCUACAGUAUAGCUGUGCAUCUCUGGUGUGGAAUGUAUUGAUUCUCAUGAAUAACCUCCAAUAUAAGAAAAACUCAGAUUAGGAGAUACUUGCAGAUUUUUAACUAUGUAACUGUGAUGAGCAAGCUUUCGUAUGUUUUUCCUCCAAGCUGUCGCUAACAGUUUCUGAUGAAAGAACAAACUGCUAUAAUGCUUAAAUGUACUAAAAUUUGUUCUAGCUGGCUGAGGUUUCCAUAGAUUUUUACAACUUAAAUAGUACUAACCUGGAAUGCAAUAUGUAAGAAUUUCAGGCUAGGUAUAAAUAACUUAAAUAUUGGAAAAAGUUCAUCCUUCAGUAGAUAAUUAUUCCUAACAAACCCCUCAAGUGCCUGAAAGAUAUUUUAAGAUGAAGUAAUGACGUUGAUCAGUUGCUAGUGUGAAUCUUAAGUACUUCUUGUUGCUGAAGAUGUGUUGUUUUUUUUUCAUGGUGAUAACUAUUGGUUUAAAAAAACACCACAGUAAGGCUUGGUAUGUUUUCAGUACAAGCUUGAUUUCCUAAGCGCUUGGAAUUUAAUGAAUAGUACAAGAAGGUUAUUUUCUGUGGUUAUGUGCUGUAGGCUAAUGUUUACCCUAAAGCUCCAACCCACAUAGGAGAGGCUAAGAUAGCAGUUUCUGGAAGAGCUAGUUUUUGACUUUCUAAAGUCAAAUGGCUAUUCAGCUGUGUGCUGCAGACAGCCUUAUCCAUACCAUAGUGAACAAAGAUGUUGUAUUAUGUCACUUUAUUUGCUGGUGGUCGCUCUUUUUCAGAUGAUACUGUGGUGAUGCUGUACUGGUUGGGCCUGCCCUUCCUCUAGAUGAGGAAUGAAUGUUUUUGUCCUUUACUUGUUGUGUGGUUGGUCAAAACUGGUUUUACUCUUGGUAAAUGUCAAUGAGGAAAAAUGUAGAUCCAUUGUAUCUGUAGUAAAUAUAAAAAUCCUUUCACUUUUUCAAGUCCCUUUGUAUGGGUUUCUUCUAGCAGAAAUAUAUAUUUUAAGCCAUGCAUAUAUGCUGUUAACUUCAGACUUUUGUAUUUGCAUUCUGCAUAGUAAUGUCUCUAGGUGGCUAGCAUUUGUAAGAGUGCAGAGACUUAUUACAGGAGAAACUUAUUUGUGCCAACAGACUAAUUUUCAUAAAAUACAAUUAUUUUGAAAUAUGUUUGAGAGGUUUAGGGGACUUUUUUGAGCCUUUGAUUAAAAAAUGAAGUUGUCAAACUAGCUCAAAUAGAGGCAUCCUGAGCGGUUGAGGACCAAGUACUGUGUGUGUUAGGGGUUUCCAUUACAUAACACUAUAUUGGACGCAAUGUGCGGACUUCACUGUAUAGAAGGAUAAAGUAGGUGGUACCUAUAUAGCAAGCUGUUCCAUCUUUCCUUAUCUUGUUGGGAGCUCUUCAGAUUGAGGGUCCAGUGCCAAAGAUGGCAGUAGCUAGAAAGUGUAUUGAAGAUCACUUCAGUUCUUCUAGUAGAUUCUUAUUUGUAAGAUGCAGGCAAUGGUUAAACUAAUCAUCUGAGAGCUCUGUCCUAAUUCAAGAGUAUAGUAAGUUGAUACUACACUUCAAGCAUGCAAUUAGCACUUAAAAUAAGUGGAUUCCCCCCCCCCCUUUUUUCUUUUCCUCUUAAUUAGAGGUGGUAGGAAUACUGAGACUAAGCAGAAAGAUGAAUUUUCCUUUGCAUUUGUGGUACUUCUACUAGUGAAGUUAGUGUAUGGACCUUCAAGGAUAUUGUUGAGCUUACUUCAACUCUCUUGUCAUUUUGGAUAACUUGUUAUCUGUAUCUUUUUACUCUUGUAAAUGCUGGUUUUGCAUUCCACUUCUUCCAUAGUUGCAGCCACUCAAAACGCUGCAUGUGUAUUUUAACUUGGGCUGCUUUGGACUCCUUUUUUCAUCUGCUUCCAUUAACUGCCUCCUAAAUAGCUUGAUGCAAAAGAGCAUGUGACCUAGUGUCAAUUUUUCGGCGCUCUCAAGGCAGAGAUGUUCUAGUCGAACACAUUUUGAAACCUGGAACUAUUUUCAAGUACAAAAUCUCUAGCACCUGGAAUAUACUUCAUAUGUCAGGAAUCAGUUGCUUUGAGAAAUUCUUGCUCUGUAAAUGUUAGUAUGUUGUUAGUAUUUAUUUUAAUUCGAGCGAGCUUGUGUGAGAUAUGACAAAGUCUGGCUGUUUUGCAAGGUUGGGGUCACACCAAGGAACCUGGAAGCAAAACAGGAAAUACUGAUUUGUUAGCUGCAGUUCUCACUGCUUUCAUGUGACUUUGAGGAGGAAUCUAAAGACUUCUGUAAAAACAAUGCAGAUCGUCACUUCUGAAUGCAAUACUGUUUUUGUGCUUCUGUACAUUAAUUGGAGAUAUGGCUCCAACCUAGGAAAAAUUAUUCAAGAAAAGCUGUUUCAUGAUGAUGAGGAACCAUGGAUUGUAAUAUGCUAUGCUAAUGCUACUAUGCUUGCAUGGUGUUAUUUUUGCACCUUAUGGCCCUGUUUGGAAGCAACAGAGGAAAUUCUCUCUCUCAACGCUUCGUCAUUUUGGAGUAGGAAGGCUUAGCUUAGAACCUAAAAUCAUUGAGGAGCUGAAGUUCAUAAAGGAAGAAAUGCUAAAGCAUGGAAAGGAUGCAUUUAAUCCCUUUCCGAUUAUUCGCAAUGCAGUGUCCAACGUUAUCUGUUCCAUGGCUUUUGGAAGGCGUUUUAACUACGAAGACAUUGAGUUCAAGACCAUGCUGAAGAACAUGGCCCGUGCGCUGGAGCUAAGUGUGAACAGCUCUAUGAUCCUGGUCAAUAUCUGCCCUUGGCUGUACUACCUUCCCUUUGGGCCUUUCAGGGAACUUAGACAAACAGAAUUAGAUAUUACUGCUUUUCUAAAGAAAAUAAUUGCACAGCACAGGGAUACACUGGAUGCAGCAAAUCCCAGGGACUUCAUUGAUAUGUAUUUCCUCCAUGCAGAGGAAGAGAGGAACAAGGAGAGCAGUUUUAAUGAAGACUACUUAUUUUUUAUCAUUGGUGACCUCUUCAUUGCAGGCACAGACACCACUUCCAACACGUUGUUGUGGUGCCUGCUCUAUAUGUCUCUCUACCCAGAAGUACAAGAGAAGGUUCAUGCAGAAAUUGAAGCAGUUCUAGGACGUGACAAAGUUCCCUCUCUUACCCACAAGGCUCAAAUGCCUUUCACAGAGGCAACCAUUAUGGAAGUGCAAAGGAUGACUGCAGUUGUUCCUCUUUCUAUCCCUCGAAUGGCCUCAGAAACUGCUGUGCUGCAAGGAUAUACUAUUCCUAAGGGCAGUGUGAUUGUGCCCAACUUGUGGUCCGUACACAGAGACCCUAAUAUUUGGGAGAAACCGGAUGACUUUCAGCCGACGAGAUUUCUGGAUGAAAAUGGCGAGCUAAUUAAGAAAGAGGCCUUCAUUCCUUUUGGAAUGGGUAAACGUGUGUGCAUGGGAGAGCAGCUGGCAAAAAUGGAGCUGUUCUUAAUUUUUGCAAGUCUAAUGCAAAGUUUUACGUUUUUGUACCCUGAAAAUGCUACAAAACCAUCUAUGGAGGGAAGGUUUGGUCUAACUUUAGCUCCAUGUCCAUUCAAAAUAAUAGCUUUGAAGAGAUGAUACCACAUCAAGAAAGAUUACAUGAAGAAGUACUGCACUUAUUAAAUUCAGCUUUCUUUUGUUUCUAGCUUAUUUUGCUACUUUCUUUCCAGAAAAACACCAACUGCAUAGACUUUCAUAAUCAGUGAGAAUGAUCCUUGAUACUUCUGGAAAUAAAAGAUUUUGUUACGUCAGCUGUUGCAUUCCACAAAUGAACUGACAACACUGUAGUUUGCAAUUUGAUAUUGAAACUUGCUGGGUAUUCUUCCCACCUCUCCAUCUGUAAGCUGUGACUGUCAGUUUGUCAAAUGUUAAUUACGUGAGAAUGGUCCAAAACAUAUGUUAAUGCAUUAGUGAAUAAUAAUUGUUAUUUUGGUAAAAGCAGUGAAUAAGCAUUCAAUUUACCAAGUGAGUGAAGGACAUGAUCUAAUACCAAAGCAUUAAUGAAUCAAAGGGUGUUAGCAUUUUCAGGGUAAAGAAACACUGUACCUGAGUAUAAAUAAUGAAAAAUACUUUUUAAAAAUAACUAAAUGACACUUUUUUUUUUUUAAAUCUUGGAGGAUUCUUUUUUGUAAGUAACUCAUAGACUGGAUCAAGUCAAUUCUGAUUCCUGGAUCCAAACGUUUUUGACUAUCAGGGCUCACUGUAAAAAUGCAGAUACCAACUGUAAAGCCUAUGCCAUGCUUGCUGGCUUGGGGCCAUGAAAGGAGGGUUCAGAGUCUGGAUGUAGAUGUUUUAUCUCAGCUUAUAAAUGGGACCUAUUUCCCUAAAACAAAGCAAAAGAAGUCUCUUCGCUCUGGCUGACUGACUCAGAGCUCUUCACAAUGACCAAGCAGAUGUCCAAGAGUACAUCUGUGCUGUCUCUUCAUAUUCUCCAUGGGCCCCAUGUCGAUGGUGGUGGCUUGUUUGCUGGCUGCAGUUAGGAUUAGACCAAGAGCCUGCUCUUUGGGAAAAUGUGUACAUGGAUAAUACGGAAGUUGGACCUUGCACUCAGUUUCUGCCUUUGUGGGCAACAUGGACACAACUGUCACGUCUUGUUUGGCUUUGAGAGCUGGAGUCUUAUUUCAAAUAUGGCAUCAAAGGCACUGCAGAUGUAGCUCUUAAAGAUUUAGGCAUGGAAAAUGAGGAAUCUGGCAAACUUGAGGCUUGACUGCAGAGGCUCUCUCUUUGUUAUUUUGGAUAUGGAGUAAAAAGAUCUAUAGUUCAUACAAUAUAUCAGUAUCCUACUCUUCUCAUGCACAUUUUUAAUGCUGUUUAGCAAUAUUAACUAACAAUUGGGGAAGUCUAUUGUUAUGCAUUUCAGAAUGGAACGCUUGUUCUGCAUAAGCUUGCCUUUUAUUUGAAAGUUCUCUCAAAUGUUUAAUCUUCUGGGGUCAGGCAACAAUUAACCUUUAAGUAAUUGUUCUUAACCAUCUUUAAAUUUUUAUGCACCUUUUGGUUUUGCAGAACUUCAGAGAAAAUAAAUCAAUAAUGCUCUUCAAAGGAAGUUGUAUUUCUGUCUUUUUUGUCUCCCACUGGAGAUCUAGACAAUACUAGUAGGCCGAGUAUUGUCUAACUCUUGAUAUUACAAUUACAAGACUGUAAUGUGAAAUUGACUGUAAAAUGGAAUUGGGUAGUCUGUAGCAGAAACAGAAACUAAAUUCUAAAAGAAAAUUCAACUCCUGAAUUUAAAUUACCUCUAUUCUUGUCUCUUUUUCACUUGAAGCUUUAAAAAUCAGGUAGUGCCUAGCAAAUACUGUAAAACAGUUACCUUGGGUAUAAAAUUUUCUGUUUAUUCUUUUGAAUAACACAGUGACUUAAUUUCUAAACGAUGAAUUUGGUUGGUAAGGUACUGUACUGUUUGUGUGAGAACUUCCACUGCUUAUAUAAGCUAACUUUUCACCUUAUAGGUUAGUGCAUGCUUGCAUUAAAUACCUGUAUGAAAUUUUUGGAAAACCCCAUAGUAUAAUGAAAAGUUUAAUUAGUACCAAUGCUAGUUAUACUAACACUGAACUUUGCUAAAAGCUGAUAACCUUGCAAUAAUAAGCAUUUACUUCUUAAUUUUCUGCAAGGAAUAAGGAGGUUCUGUACGGUUGGGAUUUUUGUCUGGAAAUCUUUAAAAUAAUAAUGCCUAAUUGCAAAGCAAAAAUUAAAUGCUGAUAAUAUUUAUCUUUCUGUUAGAAUGUCUCUUUAAGCAGCAAAAUAAUCUUGAUAUGCAGCUGAUGAUUUAUAUAAAAUUCUGUCCUUUGAAUCAAGGAGGAUAUAUUUUAAAAGCACUUUAGAUUUUUUUUUUUUUAACAGAUUCCAGGAAGACACAAUUCUCGUAAUCUCCUAGUCAGUGAAAUUGUAGAUAUUUGUACUCGUUUUGCCUGUUGAGUUUAGUUUAAAAUGCACCUUUGAAAAUUAUCUUUCUACAAACGGUACCUUAAGAGUACCGUUGGUUUUGGUGAUAACUAUAAUUGUGCUCCAUAGUGCAACAAGCUGAAAAUGCAGAUGUGAAGGUGCAGCCCUGUUAAUGUCAGCCAGAAAGCAAGGUGCUGUUGCAAAUCACAACAAAAAAAAUACAUAUGUAUUCCAGAUAUACUGAAAACUUCACAGGAGGAUGCCAUGAAAGUGACUAAACUCUACGAUAAAAGCAAUGAAAUGUUUUUGGUUGUAAAAAUGUGUAGCCAUUUUUGGUAGACUGCAAGUAAAGUGGUGGCAGAUGUGGUUUGUAUUGUAAAUGUACCCCUCCUUCCUUUUUUUCGGGCAGAAUCAUCUCAGAUGCCUUAUUGAAAUAUAUAUAUUUAUGUAACUGGAUGUCUAUUUCUGAAUGCUGAAAGUGGCUGUAUUUCUAAAUAUGACUUCAGGAUUUGCUUCAGUAUCAUUUUAUUUUUAAUAAAGUCAUUCCUAAGUAA